CAUGGCAGGGGACAUGGAAGGAUUCUGUUCCUCCAUCCAUGACACCAGUGUCUCUGCUGGGUUCAGAGCACUGUAUGAGGAGGGGUUGCUUCUUGAUGUCACUCUGGUUAUUGAAGACCAUCAGUUCCAGGCCCAUAAAGCACUCUUGGCUACCCAGAGUGAUUACUUCAGAAUUAUGUUUACUGCAGACAUGAGGGAGCGAGAUCAGAACAAAAUUCACUUAAAAGGUCUAACUGCUACAGGCUUCAGCCACGUCCUUCAGUUUAUGUACUAUGGAACUAUAGAACUGAGUAUGAGCACAGUUCACGAGAUUCUUCAGGCUGCCAUGUAUGUUCAACUUAUAGAGGUGGUGAAGUUCUGCUGUUCUUUCCUGUUAGCAAAAAUCUGCUUAGAAAAUUGUGCAGAAAUUAUGAGACUCUUAGAUGAUUUUGGUGUAAACAUCGAAGGAGUCAGGGAGAAGUUGGAUACUUUUCUGCUAGACAACUUUGUACCACUCAUGUCCAGGCCUGACUUCCUGUCUUACCUGAGCUUUGAGAAGCUCAUGUCUUACUUGGAUAAUGAUCAUCUGAGCAGAUUCCCAGAAAUAGAGCUGUACGAGGCUGUGCAGUCUUGGCUGCGGCAUGAUAGAAGACGCUGGAGACAUACCGAUACCAUCAUUCAGAACAUCAGAUUUUGUCUGAUGACCCCAUCCAGCGUUUUUGAAAAGGUUAAGACAUCAGAAUUUUACAGAUACUCUAGACAGCUGCGCUAUGAAGUUGACCAAGCAUUGAAUUACUUUCAGAACAUUCACCAGCAGCCUCUGUUGGAUAUGAAAUCAAGCCGCAUUCGCUCUGCCAAACCCCAAACUACAGUAUUCCGAGGCAUGAUUGGACAUAGCAUGGUUAACAGUAAAAUACUUCUCUUAAAGAAACCAAGAGUCUGGUGGGAACUAGAGGGCCCACAAGUACCUCUGCGUCCAGACUGCCUUGCCAUCGUCAAUAACUUCGUGUUCUUGUUGGGUGGGGAAGAGCUGGGCCCAGAUGGCGAAUUCCAUGCUUCUUCCAAAGUGUUUAGAUAUGACCCAAGACAAAACUCUUGGCUCCGGAUGGCAGACAUGUCUGUGCCACGUUCAGAAUUCGCAGUUGGUGUUAUUGGGAAGUUUAUUUACGCUGUAGCAGGCAGAACCAGAGAUGAGACUUUCUAUUCAACUGAGAGAUACGACAUCACCAACGAUAAAUGGGAAUUUGUGGAUCCUUAUCCAGUUAACAAAUACGGACAUGAGGGGACAGUGCUUAAUAACAAGUUGUUCAUCACUGGUGGAAUCACCUCAUCGUCCACGUCCAAGCAGGUAUGCGUGUUUGACCCCAGCAAAGAAGGGACCGUAGAGCAGCGCACCAGGAGAACGCAAGUGGUUACCAACUGUUGGGAGAACAAGAGCAAGAUGAACUACGCCAGAUGCUUUCACAAGAUGAUCUCCUACAACGGCAAGCUCUAUGUCUUCGGUGGUGUCUGUGUGAUCUUGAGAGCCUCUUUCGAGUCUCAGGGAUGCCCUUCCACAGAAGUGUACAACCCAGAGACUGAUCAGUGGACCAUCUUGGCAUCCAUGCCAAUUGGUAGAAGUGGCCAUGGUGUGACUGUGCUGGACAGACAAAUAAUGGUUCUUGGAGGCCUUUGCUACAACGGUCAUUACAGCGAUUCUAUUCUCACCUUUGAUCCGGAUGAAAACAAGUGGAAGGAAGAUGAGUACCCGCGGAUGCCCUGCAAGCUGGAUGGUUUACAAGUAUGCAACCUGCAUUUUCCAGAAUAUAUUCUGGAUGAGGUCAGACGUUGCAACUGAUGACAUCUUUCUCCCUUCAAAAAAGCCAAACAAAAUCCAUUUGUGACAAAGUAG